GGCCGCCGUCCCCACGCGGGGACGGGCGGUGAAACCUGACGUUCCGGGCGGAAGCAGGGUAGCGGAAUGACUUAGUUCCCUGGCUGCGCUUGCGCAGAGCGUGAGGCGGUGGAGCUGGUGCUUGGAAACUGUUCGGGUCAGCCUGCAGGGCGCGGCUUUCAUUGUCAGGGAAGCAGGCUGUAGUGACCUAUGAAGACGUACAUGUGAACUUCACUCGUGAAGAAUGGGCUUUGCUGGAUCUUUCCCAGAAGAGUCUCUACAAAGAUGUGAUGCUGGAAACCUACUGGAACCUCACUGCUAUAAGCCUCAAAUUGGAAGACCAGAAUAUUCAAGAACAUUUCCAAAAUGCUAGAAGAAGACAUGGAAGGUACAAGCAUUGUGACCAUAAGGGAUAUGGAAAAAAGCAUUGUACCUUUGAAAGUAACAGUUUUCUUAAAAUAUGUGAACAAAUCCUUACUGAAGAGAAACCCUAUGAAUGUAAUCAAUGCAGUAAAGUCUUUUCAAAUUUCAGCAGUCUUCGAAAACAUGAAAACUACCAUACUAGAGAAAAACCAUGUAAAUGUAAUCACUGUGGUAAAGCCUUUGCAAGCCACAGUUCUCUUCAAAUACAUAAAAGAACUCAUACAGGAGAGAAACCCUAUAAUUGCAAUGAAUGUGGUAAAGCAUUUGCAAGUCACGGUAAUCUUCGAAUACAUAAAAGAAUUCAUACGGGAGAGAAACCCUAUGAAUGUAAUCAAUGCAGUAAAGCCUUUGCACAUUUCAGUACUCUUCGAAAACAUGAAAAAAAUCAUACUAGGGAAAAACCCUAUGAAUGUAAUUUCUGUGGUAAAGCCUUUGCAAGUCGCAUUUCUCUUCAAAUACACAAAAGAACUCAUACAGGAGAGAAACCCUAUGAUUGCAGUGAAUGUGGUAAAGCAUUUGCAUGUCGCAGUAAUCUUCAAAUACACAAAAGAACUCAUACAGGAGAGAAACCUUACGAUUGUAAUGAAUGUGGAAAAGCAUUUGCAUGUCGCAGUCAUCUUCAAAUACAUGAAAGAACUCACACUGGAGAGAAACCUUAUGGAUGUAAUCAGUGCGGUAAAGUCUUUGCACGCCGCAGUAGUCUUCAAAUGCAUGAAAGAAGUCAUACUGGAGAGAAACCUUAUGAAUGUAAUCACUGUGGUAAAGCCUUUGCAUAUAACAGUGAUCUUCACAGGCAUGAAAUAAUUCAUACUGGAGAGAAACCCUAUAUAUGUAAUCAGUGUGGCAAAGCCUUUGCACGUCGUAGAAGUCUUCGAAAUCAUGAAGAACAUCAUACUCUUGAGAAAUCAUAUGAGUGUACUGUAUGUGGUAAAGCCUUUGCAUAUCACAGUAAUCUUUAUAUACAUGAAAGAACUCAUAAUGGAGAGAAACCGUAUGAAUGUACUCAAUGUGGUAAAGCCUUUUCAUGUCGCAGUCAUCUUCAUAUACAUGAAAGAAGUCAUACUGGAGAGAAGCCCUAUAAAUGUAAUCAGUGUGGAAAAGCAUUUCUGCUUCACAGUAGUCUUAAAAUUCAUGAAAGAACUCAUACUGGAGAGAAACCUUAUAGAUGUACUCAGUGUGGUAGAGCCUUUGCACGUCACAGUAAUCUUCAGAUACAUGAAAGAAGUCAUAGUGGAGAGAGACCUUAUGAGUGUAAUCAAUGUGGUAAAACUUUUGCAAGUCGUAGUAGUCUUCGAAAUCAUGAAAAACAUCAUACUGUUGAAAAACCUAAUAAAUGUAAUCAGUGUGGUAAAGCCUUUACAUGCCGCAGCCAUCUUCAACUACAUGAAAGAAAUCAUACUGGAAAAAAACUCUAUGAGUGUAGUCAAUGUGGAAAACCCUUUGCAAGUCAUAGUUAUCUUCAAAUACACAGAAGAACUCAUACUGGAGAAAAACCAUAUGAAUGUACUCAUUGCAGUAAAGCCUUUGCAUGUCGCAGUAAUCUUUAUAUACAUGAAAGAAGUCAUACUGGAGAGAAACCAUAUGAAUGUAGCCAAUGUGGUAAAGCCUUUGCAUAUUGGAGUAGUCUUCAUAAUCACAAAAAAUGUCAUACUGGAGAUUAACCUUAUGAAUGUAAUUGAUGCAGUAAAGCUUUGUCAUGUCAGUGUAAUCUUCAGACUAUCAAAGAAAAAUACUAAGAAUGUAAUCAAUAUGAUAAUGCCUCUUCCUGUUACAUAUUUCCUCAAAGGCCUGAGAGAAUUCUACUGGAGAGAAAUGCAUGAAUCUAAUAAAUUCACCAAGCACAUUUUUCUCACUGAGCCAUUUAAUUGGGCUCAUGUAAGAUUAGUAGAACCAUUUCAUCAUUAAAACAUUUUCUUUUAUUUUUUCAAAUUUAUACAAAUUGUUAUCCAAGGGUAAAAGAAUGCACAAUAAUUUGAGAAAUAAAACAUAUUUUCAAGUGAAAAUGAUAUUUAUACUGUUAGCCAUUUUUAUUAGUUAUAUGUAGAGGAAUUUUGAUCUAUGAACAUAGCUGGUCUGGCAAGGGAUUACAUCCAUAGUCCUAGGUCUGUGUGAUCCAGUUGGAAUACAGACAUACCUUUAAUCACAAGUAAUGAUGUCUAAUUGAGGGGCAGACAGUGAUGAAUCACAGAUUUGACAGAAUAAGUAAAAAAUAGGAUACAGCCAACUCUUACAAGAACAGACAGGAAAGAACCUACUUAACAGCACCUCAGGGAGAGAGAGAGAGUUUGUGGAGAUAGCAUAGUACAGAGAAGGAGAGUAUGUUACAGGAGUACUGUACAGUUUGUCCUGUCAGUACAGUAUGGUGCAAUUCAAUUGAGUUCACUGAAGUUCAGUUUAUAGAAUCAGAGGAAGUUUUUUUUUU